UUGCGCUCUUCCAAAGAAUGACGUCUCCGCAGAUAGCCUCGCUGUCUUGGGGUCGGAUGAAGGUCCAGGGCUGUGCCACGGCUUACAAGGACUGCAAGGUGUGGCCAGGGGGCAGUCGACCCUGGGACUGGAGAGAGACGGGGACUGACCAUUACCCCGGAGUACAGGCAGCGGAUGUGGAAGAAAUCGUUAACAAAGGGGUUCGGACGCUAGUUAUUGGCUGUGGGAUGAGUGAGGCCUUGCAGGUUCCCUCCGCAACUCUCGAUUACCUGCGCAACAAAGGUGUCGACGUGAAAGUGCUUCAGACCCAGGUGGCCGUGCGAGAGUACAAUGCAUUGGCCGGCGGAGGGAUGCGGGUGGGUGGGGUCUUCCAUUCCACCUGCUGA